GGUUAGAAACAAAUUGGGAAAGUAGGCAAUGGGUUCCCUGGCUCAAACAGAGCUUAAGGGGCAUUUCUUCACGGUGAACGCCAACUUCGAACAAGUGAAGGCCAACUGGUACGAUUGCAUCCUGAUUCCCGGCUGGAUGUUCAUGGAGCUUCUGAGCGCCGACCACAAGGUGGUGGGUCUGGUGAGGAAGUUUGCGGAGGCAGGGAAGCCUGUCGUCACCAGCUGUGAAUGGGAUUGAUGAUGAACAAGCUGCUGCAGAGGAAAUGAACGUGAAAGAAGAUGAAGAACUCUGCAGAUAGAAAAGAAGAACCAGCUGGGCUGAGCUUCCUUUCACUCAAUCCGGUAUCCAGCAACAGGGUCUGCGAGGUCGUUUGGCUAAGUGGUAUUCUAACUCCACAAGCAAGACGGUGUCGCGUUGGCUAAAUAUCUAGUUAGAUUAGUAGUUAAUGACUCCCACUUGUCUAGCAGCUAUUGGUCGUUUAAUUGUUUUACGGUUUGUUAGCCGUUAAUGUACAGUUCAACACUUUGCGUCUCUGCCUCUGCUUCUUAUUUAUACUAGCAUUGGGCCCGGCCGUUGGCCGGAUUAGCUUUUUAAGUCAAUUCAUAUUAGCUGCUAUUGCUGUUAUAAUGUUCUGUUAUUUAUACAUAAACACCAUAAAAUGAAGACACUACCACUUGAUAACCCCUGGGAAGGAAGCAACCUUUUGGCUGCUAUAGCAUUACCACAAUCAAUUCCGAGAUAUUUCUCGCUUUCUACCAUGAACAUGCAGAAGUUGGCAGUUGGUGUCAAGUAACACAAAUGCAAGUUGUUGGCAUAAAGAACACGGACAGAUGCAAGGUGCAGUGGUAAUAAAAAUACUGGCAAUAAGUUUUUGCCACUUGCCACCAUAAACACAUAAAGCCUUCUAUUUUGAACUUCAAAUCCCAUUUUCAUAGUUCAGUGACAGCCAAAACUAUAGUACAAUUUCAAAGUCUGAAUUUGAUAAUUACCAAACCAUUCACAAACGCAAUAUGCUCCUAUCCAAAGAUGGCACAACUACUACAUGCUCCCAAGAAAAACACAGAAAAUCAAAUUUGUCGCAGUGAUAAAUAAAACUAUGUAUAAUAUAAAUUUCAAAACUGAUAAGAACCAAGCCAUUCACAAACACCCCAUAGUUUGGAGAACACAACUGCUCAUAAUAUCCAAGCCUCCAAGUGAACAGCCUGCACCAUUCUAUUAAGCACCAUCAUGGUUGUCUCCAUCUCAUAAACAUGAAGCAGUUUUGGUGUCAUUUGCAAUUUGACCAGAUGGAGUCCCAACACAAAGGCAAGUUCAGUGGAUCAAUGUAAGACAAAAAUUAGGAAGGGAACAUAGAAAUAAGAAGCAAAAGUGAAGACAAUACUAAAUAACCUCUGGCUAAGAAUGAGGCUUCAGGUUGCAGCAUCAUAUUUGUAAAAAAUUGAGGUUCCUGCUGCCACAAACAACAAAUGCAGUAUGCCCCUAUCCAAAAGUAACACAAAUUAUACAUGCUGCCAAGAAAAACACAGAAAAUCAAACUUGUAACAGUGACAAACAGAUGAGCCAUAAACUGGUGAUAUAAUAAACUCACACAAAUACAUGCUAUUUUAACUC